AUGGCGACCACCGUCAACAGGCUGCUCCACCCGAUUGAGCACCACCGGGAAAAGAAAGAGAGUGCGCGCCAGCCCUCCGUUCCACUGCACGACCGCAACGACUCGGCCAUGGAGAAGCCGCGCGAAGAGGAGAAGCGCACGCUCGUGCAGUGGGAGGCCCAACGACACACGCUGAGCCCCGACGAGAUCGACCAGGACCCGGAGCAGAAAGCAGUCGGCCACUCGAGUAAAGUGCUGCGCCAGGAGGACUUUGAGCUGAUCAAGACACUCGGCACCGGCACAUUUGCGCGCGUAUGGCUGGUGCGAUUGAAAGACGCACAGAAAGGCGACCAGGACAAGGUCUUUGCCCUGAAGAUCCUGCGCAAGGUUGACGUGAUUCGUCUCAAGCAAGUCGAGCACGUACGAAACGAGCGCAAUGUCCUCGCCAAAGUCGCAGGACAUCCGUUCAUAACCACAAUGGUAGCCAGCUUCCAGUCGAUGGAUUCAUUAUACAUGGUCCUCGACUACUGCCCUGGCGGCGAGGUCUUUAGCUACCUCCGACGAGCACGACGCUUCAACGAACCCACUUCACAAUUCUACGCCGCCGAGAUCGUGCUGAUAUUAGAGUUCCUGCACGAGCGCGAAGGCGUUGCGUACCGCGAUCUGAAACCUGAGAACAUACUCAUUGACGCCGAAGGGCACCUUAAGCUGGUGGAUUUCGGUUUCGCAAAGAAGAUAGAGAAUAGGGAAACAUACACAUUAUGCGGCACACCCGAGUACCUUGCGCCAGAAGUCAUCAGAAAUACAGGCCACGGCACAGCAGUAGACUGGUGGGCGUUUGGCAUCCUCGUCUAUGAAUUCCUCGUCGGCCAACCGCCCUUCUGGGACCAAAACCCUAUGAAAAUCUACGAACAAAUCGUAGAAGGCAAAGUCCGCUUCCCCUCGGCCAUGUCCGCGCCCGCCCGCGAUCUCAUCUCCGGGCUCUGCACCGUCGACGUCAGCAAACGGCUCGGCAACAUCGCCGGCGGCGCCUCCCGCGUGCGGCAACACGAGUGGUUCAAGGACAUCGACUGGGAAAAGAUGUACAAGCGCGAAGUUCAGGGGCCCAUUGUGCCGCACCUGAGAGGGCCAGCGGAUACGAGAAAUUUCGACGAGUAUGAAGAUGAGAGCGGGAAUCGCGAUCCAUAUACGAAGGAGUUGAGCGAUAAGUGGGACGAGUAUUUCAGGGAUUUCUAA